UUUAAUUGAUGUUGUGGAUGUUUGUACACUAACAUAACAUUGUUUUGUAGGUGUUGGAGCUUGGGCUUAAGCCUUGAGCUUGCUUUGUGUUGUAUUGUUUAAACUGUUUGUUUGCUGUAUAGUUUGUCUGAUUGAGUACUGACUGAGUUUGAUUGUUUCCAGGUACUUUAGUUGCUCAGUUCCUUGUGAACUAUUGCUUUGCUUUGCUUUGCAUAAGCAACUUGCAUUGAGGGACACUUUUGAUCGAGAUUCUGGUUGAGAGACUUUCUGUUUAGAGAUGAGGACCGGCCUGAAAUACAACAUUGCCUACAGUUUCUUCGAUCCAGAGAUUGGUGUGCUGAAGGAGAUGAUAGCAUUGAUCACUCCCGACCAUGUGGGGACGUUUAGAGAGGCAUAUGGCGGUAUCCUGAAGAUGGUUUUCAGGCUCACUGAAAGUGACAGAAGCGCCAUCCAUACCCUUCUCCAGUUUUAUGACCCGGGGCUGAGAUGCUUUGUAUUUCCAGAUUAUCUGUUGGGACCUCUGAUGGAGGACUAUGCUGGCAUCCUGAGUAUUCAGAUCCGUGAUCAGAUUCCGUUCCAUGUCACCAGAGCAGAGCCUGAUGUCCUUGGAAUUUCACGUGCUCUUUAUUUGAGUCCGGAAAUGGUCAAGGAAGGAUUGAAGGAAAAGGGGAAGUUACCCGGUUUUCAUUUGAGUUUCUUGGAGGCUAAUACCAAGGAACAUGCUGCUAUGGGUAACUGGAAGACGGUGUGCGCAUUGAUUGCUGUGAGCAUUUAUGGGAUUGUUUUGUUUCCUAAUCAGAAGAAUUUUGUGGACUAUAAUGCUAUCAGAUUGUUCAUGCAGAAGAACCCUAUUCCUACUCUGGUCGGGGAUGUUUACUAUUCAGUGCAUAACAGGAAUGAGAAGAGGCGUGGUGGCUUGAUCAGAUGUUGUUCCCAGUUGCUCUUCAAAUGGUUCAUGGGGUAUUUGCCUUCUCGAGGUGCCUUCGUUCAGAUGGAUCCUAGUGUCAAGUGGUCCUUCAGGUUGAUGGGUCUGCGGGCUGAUGAUAUUUCUUGGACUCAUAAUGGUUUGGCUGGCCGGGAUCUUAUAUGCAGUUGUGGGAGUUUACCUAAUGUGCCUUUGGUAGGAGUUCAGGGUUGCAUUAAUUACAACCCAAUGCUUCUCAGGAGACAGAUGGGGUUUGCUAUAGAGGGUCCUCCUCUCGGGCAAGAGAUUCAGGAGUCCUUCUAUUUCCCGAUUGAUGGUAACCAGACUAAGCUGAGGCAGGUAUUGGAUGAGUGGCGUGACAUUCAGAGGAAGGGUAAGGUUCCUUAUGGGGAAGUUAACUGUCGGUAUUUUCCACUAUUCAAAGAUUGGUUGCGAAAGAGGAUUGAAGCUACAUUUCUACCAUUUCCUGGAGGUGAUCCUGCGUGUCCUAUGAUUGAGGGUCCAAGUUCUUCUGUCAGCAUGGAAGAAUUCCUUGAGAUGAAGAGGGCCAGAGACCAGUUACUUGCAGAGAAAGUUGAGUUGGAGAGAAGUGUUGCUCGUUUUCAGGCAGUUAAUCAGGAGAUCAAGGUAAAGAUGGAAGAACAAGACAAGCGACAUGCUUUGGAGGCCAAACGCUUCGAAAUGGAUACAGCCUACUAUGGGGAGAUCAGCCAAGCUUUAGCAUCAUCCAACCGGGAGCACGACAUCACGAGGGAGAAGCUGUUCAGGGCAUCGAAGGAUCGAGAGACAAAGUGUCCUUCCUAUGAAUAG